UCUUGAGGGCCUCGAGGCAACCACAUUCAUGCCACUCGGCUCCACACUGCUCACCGCUACGGUCGCCUUGGUUAGCUGCUCUGGACAGCAAUUACUUGCGAUGAAGUUCCUUGUGCUCCUCACCAUGAGUGUGGCCGUGACCCAGGCAAACAGCGCGCUUCCCGUUGCUGAGGAGAAUAGCUGUUCAGGCCUCAAGAACGAUCGCUCUCUUUUAUCCAGUCUACUGACGGUCGCAGGCUACAGUGACACUUGCGUGGCUGCCGCCCUGGACUCCUGUAGGACGGGGCAAGAGAUCAGCCGUUACGCGUCCCUCGUGGAGGAUGCAAGGGAAGUGGUGCAGCAUGUCAGUGUUGCUGUAAACAAAUGGGAGUCUCGGCCACGUCACUGCAAGGACUUACUGGACUCCGGGGACAGUGGGAGCGGCCUGCGCCAGGUAUACCCUUUCCCUGGGCAACCCCACCACCGCGUCACCGUGUUUUGCGACCACACCGUCGACGGCGGGGGUUGGACCGUCUUUCAGCGGCGCACCAGUGAUGCCGUCCGCCAAGAUUUCUUCCGCACUUGGAUCGAGUAUCGGUUGGGCUUCGGCGACCUGGAGGGUGAAUUCUGGCUGGGCCUUGACCUUCUGCACCAGCUGACCUCCACCACCUUGCAGGAGCUACGGAUUGACCUGCACGAUUACGAGGGAGAACAUCGGUGGGCUAAGUACGGAUUCUUCCACGUGGGCACACCAGAGACGAAGUUCCGCCUCAGUGUUGGAAGGUACAGCGGCGACGCAGGGGACAGCCUCUCUGGAAAAAGUGGCCAAGCUUUCAGCACCCAUGACGCUGACAACGACACAUGGAAUGAUAACUGUGCCAAAAAAUUCCGGGGUGCUUAUUGGUAUACUGAUUGCCACAGUUCUAACCUGAACGGUUACCAACAUGUGGGCAACCACACCUCCUACGCUGAUGGCAUCAACUGGUAUAACUGGAGAGGCCACCACUACUCCCUGAAGAGAACAUCAAUGAAGAUACGCCCCACCUUCUGAGCCACCACUCUCUUUUGGCUGCGGUUGGUGCGGUGUCCGCGAACAUCUAGCCGUACAGUCUGAGCUGCACAGGCCUUGUUUACAAACAAAAGGCGGAUGGAUACAGCUGGUCAUCUAUCCAUGGAUGUCCAGCCAGUGUUUUGAAGCACAAGGGAACAUAGUGCUUAAGUUUUUCAUAAGAACACCAUUCAUAAAAUACAUUGCACAGGGAAUGGUGUAGGUACAUCUUUAUACUGUGUAAUAAGCGUAGUCAGGAAUAAUUGAAUAGUGUUGGUGCAGUGACGAAAGUUAUAUGACACAAUGAUAGUUGGUUUGAUGUUAUGGCCUAUAGCGCCUGUAGGCAUACUUGAAGAGUAUAUGUAGGAAGCGCUGUUAAGCUUCCACCCAUUAGUGGCACAGGUGGUUUGAUGAUCACAGAAAAGCUCUUACGGUAAAAGCACUUUAUUUGUUAUAUCAGAGUAGAAGUUAGUUUCAAGUGAUUUCUGUCACAAGAUAUUCUCUGAGCACAUUGUCUUUCUCAGCCAAGGUCACGAAGAAACUAUCAUUUGAGUUUCUCUCUCUGACUCCUGAGUAUGAUUGAUUGAUUUAUAACUUUAUUGCUGCAAUAAUGUAUUCAAGGGAGGAGGUCGGGUCAUGCUGGCCCUGGGCCCUCUUUUGGUUAUUUGUUGUGUUGGAUAUUGUCCAUUUAGUAAUUAUUGAUGCAUGUACAGAAUCUAUUUCAUGCCUAAAUUUGGCCAAUCUUCCCUGUAAAUUUAAAAGCUAUGUUGACACUCUGACACUAAGGAAUAGCUUAGCUUAUCAACAAGCCUUAGUUUGUAUACAGUCGCUUCAGAGCAUGUUUUACACAGGUACCUGGACAAGUCGAGAGGCAACAAGAACGGCAUACCAGCUCGAGCGUCACCACAACCAAUCUUUUCCCCCAAAAUUUCCCUAGAUUGGUGGCCCCUGAUUGAUAGUAUAAUAGGCUGUGCCACUUCCGUUGCAAAUGAGAGAGAGAGAGAGAGAGAGAGAGAGAGAGAGAGAGAGAGAGACUACGUGAAGUACACGUCAAUUUAGCGCCUGGAAUGACAUGUAGGGGGUUCUACCUAUAUUGGUUGACGGGACUGUAGGGGGUUCUGCCGAAUACCAGAAAUGCGAAAAUGUUCCGUAAGUUUGAAAAGUUUGAGAAGCAAUGCUGCAGAGGAUGAAUACAGCUAUAUUGAUGUACUACUUUACGGUAGUACAGCUUUAUUUGAUGGACUACUUUAGGGCAUUCGAAAGUAUGAGACAACAAUCAUGAUUCACGAAAACAUCAGCUUCGCUUGUGUAGUCACGGGUUUUUGUUUUAUUAAAUUUCUUACGCAUAAUGCGUCAAACUGGUACUUAAAUAAUUAACAAUAGAGUAAAGGAUUCAACACAUAUAGCUAAGCAUAUGUACAGUUGGGGCCUGUAAACUCCUUGCCAGUCUUAGCCCAUAUAUUUUGCAGUAGAGAUACGAGUAUCUGGCAGAUCUACACCAGGUGAAGGCUUCUGGUUCCCUUGGAUUGGUUAAACUCCCUCAAAAACUAAACCUUAAAGCUCCACCCACUUGACCCUCCCCUCCUGGUCCAUGCCCUGUCCCUCCCCGUGACCUCAGAAUGUCACCACCCCAGUGUGUGUGUGUGUGUGUGUGUGUGUGUGUGUGUGUCUGAUCUUUAUUUUUAUUUAAUUUUCUCAAUUCACGUAGCAAAUGUAGCAUAGCAAUCUCUCUGAUCUUCCUCUUUCUCCUCCUCCUCCUCCUCCUCCUCCUCCUCCUUCUCCUCCUCCUCCUCCUCCUCCUCCUCCUCCUCCUCCU